UCCAAAGGCCUCUGGACCAGACGGAGCCAGGGCUCCGUUCCACCCCCGUAUCUGUCAGGACAGACAGUAACCAGAGACCAGGAAGCUAUCCGAGGGACGCACGAGGAGCUUAAACACUAAGGCACAAGGGUUUCAAGUGUGAUUGAACAAUAAAAUCAAGAAGAUAUGAGUAGCUGAAGUAUUCGGUGCUAUAUAUAGUCGGUUGAUGUCAGCUGGAGGCCAGUCUUUUCAGAAAGGCUCAGUCCCCUGAUUGAGUCAGAGCGAGGGACCAUGCCGUCUGAGGCUCAAGGAUAAAGACCGCCGGGCCCCCGAGCCACCCACUCCCCACUCUGGUCUCUCCGCCGCACCGCGGGGCUCGAGCUGCCGGGAAGCGCCGUCCGAGAGCAAGGGCACCGAGAGCGAUGCUGUCGCACAGCGCCAUGGUGAAGCAGAGGAAGCAGCAGGCGUCCGCCAUCGCGAAGGAGGUCCAUGGACAUGACGUGGAUGGCAUGGACCUGGGCAAAAAGGUCAGCGUCCCCAGGGACAUCAUGCUGGAAGAACUGUCCCAUCUCAGCAACCGCGGGGCCCGGCUGUUUAAGAUGCGGCAGCGACGAUCUGACAAAUACACGUUUGAAAAUUUCCAGUACGAGUCGAAAGCACAGAUCAAUUCCAGCCUCACCGUGCAGAACGGGAAGAUGGACGGCAGCCCCGUGGCGGGCGGUUCGCAGCAAGCCCCCUUCACCCCCCCCAAUAGCCCGGAUCCGAGGAGCACCCCGAAUCCCGAAAGCAUCGCGCCAGGAUAUUCUGGGCCCCUGAAGGAAAUUCCUCCUGAGAGAUUCAACACCACAGCUGUCCCCAAGUACUACCAGUCGCCCUGGGAGCAGGCCAUCGGCAGUGAUCCGGAGCUUUUGGAGGCUCUAUACCCUAAGCUGUUCAAGCCGGAAGGAAAGGCAGAGCUGCCCGAUUACAGGAGCUUCAACAGAGUCGCCACCCCAUUUGGAGGUUUUGAAAAAGCAUCCAAAAUGGUUAAAUUCAAGGUUCCAGAUUUUGAGCUACUACUUCUAACCGAUUCCAGGUUCAUGGCCUUUGAAAACCCUCUUUCUGGCAGACGGUCCUUUAACAGGACUCCUAAGGGGUGGGUCUCAGAGAAUAUUCCUAUAGUGAUCACAACGGAGCCCGCGGAGGACGCCCCUGUGCCGGAAUCAGAGGACCUGUGAGCGGGAGGGGCGCCGCGAGCGCCCAGAGCCCCCGGCGCGGAGGUCGCUGUCUGGGCUUCCACCUCCUGGCAACGCCGCCCACUCUCUUCAUCAGUAGCGAUAGUUUACUAGACAUUUAGUGCUUUUCCUUUGACAGCAUUUAAUUUCAACCUCAGCUCAAA